UACGGUUGCUGCGAACACUCCCUGAAAUAACCUGAAAUAACAACAUAAUGGUUUGGUUAACAGGCGCAUCUCAUGCGUAAUAUUUUAUGAAUGGGAGUGAUUCGUACAAACAUAUAAUUGCACUAUACUGUACAGUAUUUGCUGUUAAAAUGAACAAAAACAGAAGCGUUCUUGUAAACGAAAUAAAUUAAUGUUCAAACUAUAAGCGGAAAUUAUGUUGAAGCAGAUAAAUUUGAUAAAUAGGAAAGAUUUAAGAAAUAAAUACAGUUGGAUUUACUUCAAGGAAAUAUAAAAGUUUAAAAGAAGAGAAAGAUAUUUUAACAACAGUUUGUAUAUAGAUAAAGUGAUAUUCGAUUUUUGUACAAUUUUCAAGGCUACACACCGCACGCGAGCUCGUGCUGAAGAAGAUAUAAAAGUAUGGAGAUGGCGUCCCAAGCAGCGUACCUUCUGCUUGUUUUAGGAACCGGAAGUUUUGUUGCAUGUAACGAAAUGAUGUAUUGUCCGGAAGGGAAGUAUCAGCCGGAAGACGGAGCCCCUUGUAUAGAAUGUUCCCGCUGUCCUGACAACCAGAUCGUGCGCGAGACAUGUUGGCAACGACGAGACACCGUGUGUGGCACAUUCACGGAAUUCCAGCCAUUUCACCGUGAAAAUGACUUGGAUAUUGCUAAUAAUGAUAACAGUGCAAAUGAUUUAAACCACGUGACGCACAAAGACGCUAACCCGACAAGUUCUUGGCAGACUGCCAGUAUAGCGAUGAUUGUGCUUUUGUCGGUAACCACCGUGAUCUGCGCCGUACUCAUUGGCACCGUCUGCUACAGAUGUCGUCGGGAUAACAAAGAUGGUCUGAUGAUUUACGUUGACAAAGACUCUACGGAAGCCCCGUCACCCGGAUGUAGCGAUGCUGUGUCCCGAUGCUCUGCAAACACAGAUGAUAUCAUCAAAACAUCACCGAAACAUAGCGGAAGUCGACGCCAAAACGUGCACAAAAUCGAGAGAAAAGACGAAAAACAUCCGAGAGGCAACCAUAAGAUUCAACAGUUUGAAAUUUCAGAAAGCCAACUCACUACCUGAAGUGUUCAAGAUUAAUGUUAAAACGUUGUAAAUGUUUGUUUGUGGGGAUUUUCUUCAAGCGCAUCUGUGAUUUAUAUGUUAUUUUUAGAUUAUGUGUAAAAAUUACUUCCAAACGAGGCUCGCUCCGCCGGAAAUAGGAACAGGACGUGCUAUGUUGACAUGGCGGAACAUAAAAGAGUAAUGCCGGAAAAAGACGGCCGUUUAAACUUAAUUUAUGUUGUUAAAUGAAAAUAUUUUACGACAUAUCCAAACAUGUUUUGUGUCUUAUAAAUAGAGUGAGUAAUGGUGUUUAUUGAAUUUCCGCUUAUUGUUAUUAUCCCCCGCCGAUGGAAUCGGGAGGGGGAUAUAGUUUUGGCGUUGUCCGUCCGUCCUUCCGUCCGUCCAUCCGUCCGUCCGUCCGUCCGUCCGAAUUUCGUUUCCGGAGUAGUUCUCUGCAACUACUGGCUAGAAUUCAACGAAACUUUAUGGGAAUCAUCAAUAUCAAGAGGAGAUGCGCAUAUCGUCGGCUUGUUCCGGUCCGACCCUUUAACUCUGAGUUAUGGCCCUUGAUUAGUUAUGUAGUAUGCAUAUAGAGUAAAAAUCGUUUCCGGAGUAGUUCUCUGCAACUACUGGCUGGAAUUGAACGAAACUUUAUGGGAAUCAUCAAUACCAAGAGGAGAUGCGCAUAUCGUCGGCUUGUUCCAGUCAGACACUUUAACUCAGAGUUAUGGCCCUUGAUUAGUUAUGCAGUAUGCAUAUGGAGUAAAAAUCGUUUCCGCGCUACUUCUCUGCAACUACUGGCUGGAAUUCAACAAAACUUUAUGGGAACCUUCAAUACCAAGAGGAGAUGAGCAUAUCGUCGGCUUGUUCCGGUCAGAAACUUUAACUCAGAGUUAUGGCACUUGAUUAGUUAUGCAAUAUGCAUAUGGAGUAAAAAUCGUUUCCGGAGUAGUUCUCUGCAACUACUGGCUGGAAUUCAACGAAACUUUAUGGGAAUCAUCAAUAUCAAGAGGAGAUGCGCAUAUCGUUGGCUUGUUCCGGUCAGACUCUUUAACUCAGAGUUAUGGCCCUUGAUGAGUUAUGUAGUAUGCAUAUAGAGUAAAAAUCAUUUCCGCACUACUUCUCUGCAACUACUGGCUGGAAUUCAACGAAACUUUAUGGGAACCUUCAAUACCAAAAGGAGAUGCGCAUAUCGUCGGCUUGUUCCGGUCAGACACUUUAACUCAGAGUUAUGGCCCUUGAUUAGUUAUGCAGUAUGCAUAUGGAGUAAAAAUCGUUUCCGCGCUACUAUUCUGCAACUACUGGCUGGAAUUCAACGAAACUUUAUGGGAACCUUCAAUACCAGGAGGAGAUGUGCAUAUCGUCGGCUUGUUUCGGUCAGACACUUUAACUCAGAGUUAUGGCCCUUGAUUAGUUAUGCAGUAUCCAUAUAGAAAAAUAUUUGUUUCCUCGCUACUUCUCUGCUACUACUGGCUGGAAUUCAAUGAAACUUUAUGGGAUACUAAGAGGAGAUGUGCAUAUAGUCGCCUUGUUCCAGUCAGAUACUUAUAACUCAGAUUUAUGGCCCUUGAUUAGUUAUGUAGUAUGCAUACAUCUCAUUGGCAUUUCCAGAUUUUACUAUUUAACACAAAGUUAUGGCUCAGUUAUUGCCCUGAAUAUUUAUCAAGUUCAAAGAAUAUUACUGUUUAUGCCAUGAUUAAUAUAUAAAUAAAGCUCUAUGUACUCAGUUGUUGUGUUAAUAAUAACCAGUACUCGGCGGGGGAUAUAAAUUCAACGAAUUUGCUUGUUUUUUUAUUGUAAUCUGACAAUGGUUUGUGUGUAAACUAUUGAAUCUAUAUGUCAUCAUAACUAUUCAAGCAUAACUAGAAGGUAAUGCAAGCAUUCGGGUUCACGCCUACUUACAGAAAGAAUAAUUAUGUUAUAGUAUUUAUCUGUAAAAAUAAAUGUAAAAAUUGAACUUAAUUAAUUAAGAUUCUAAUAGUGUAUGUUUAAAUAUAAUUAUGUUAGUUACAUAUAUUCUACGUUGUUAAGGUAACAAUCAACCUGUUGUUUACCCUCAACUAACUCUAAGCCUGCCUUGACCAUAAGUGAAGAACCAAACCAGUUCGCACACACCUGGAAUCUAACCUGUUUACUAUUGACAAAUCAAAUACAGAAAUCUCUUAAAGGGACUCCACUGAGUCUUUUGACAUGACGAGAAUGGAAAUAAUUGUGCGAGAUAAGAUUUCUAUUUGAUGUAGGUCUAGACUAAUAACUUGUGUGCCAAAUUUCAGAUCAUUCGCUCACUCCGUUUUUCUAGAAUAAAUACUCCGAAUGUGAAAAACUACUCAAAAUUGAAAAGCGUUGCAACGCUUUUUACUCAAAUCGGGAUUAGAAUAUCGGGAAAGUACGAUUUUCACUAAUUUUUGAGUAUAUUGCUUAUCUUUUCGUUUAAAGGGCCAAAGCUAAACUAUGUAAGAAAUUCAAAUUUUAUGCUUUUAUGCUUUUGGACCUCAGUGAAGUUCCCUUAAAGUUGAAUGGACAUAUCUGGUAUCGAAAUUUGCAAACACGUAUUGAUUACACUAUAGUUCACAUUUAAUUGAAAUUUGAUUAUACUCAGAAUUAAUUUUUAGUGUAAAUAGUAGAGAAAUGAAAAGCGAAUGUUGCGGACAUGAAUAUUUGUAUGGAACGCCAUUCCAACAUACACCAUAAGACGUUACUUUAGGUCCAUAGGGUCUCGAAGACUUUCGUUGUUCCGUAGACUAAGUGGGCGCAACCGAUACUGAUAACUGGCACGCAAUUAUUAUCAAAAUAAGUUUAUAAAAAUUACAAGUCUGCCAAAUUUCUUAGCUUUCUUAUUCAAAACAUUUUUUUGCACAUUUUGAUAUAAAAUUUGUUAAUAUAGUGUUGCAGUAAGUUGUUAGAAUCUCAAAGAGUUUCAAAGUGCAAACUUUCUUCCGAAAGCCGGUGUAUUUCAUUAUGAGAUUUGUAACAUGGAAUUUCAGAUAUUUCUGUUAUCCAACAUGAUCAACUUAAGUAGAAAAAGGUAUUUUUUUUUAUAAAAAGACGUUUUUUCUCGAUAGAUCUGUACAUGUACACAUCAACAAUCAAUGUUACACAAUACAUAAUGUUAUUUUGUUAAAACUGUUGUUUUCUUGUUGUUGUUCAUUUUUUUGUGAGAUAUUUGUAUUUUUUCAUCUUCUUGUAUAAUCUCAAAAAUCUCAUCUCAAGAAUAUCAUAAUUCUAAUUAGUUUUCAAUAAAAUAUGAUAUCAUUU